UGUCUUAAAUUUGUACGUACGAAAACAACGAUAACCAGCUUGAUGCACGUUGAAUGACUCAAACCAUUGAUCAGGAAGGUGCUUCAAAUUGAAAUCCCAAAUUAAAGAAAAGCGGCUUCGAAACUUUGUUCAAACCAUACGCAAACGUCGUCCCUCUAGCUAGCCAGCCAGUACCUCCCAUUUCUUCACAUUUUUUCUUUCAGAAUUCUUCUUUUCUUUUCGUUUCUUUUUCUGUGUAAACAUGGCUACCCUAAGUUUCUUUGUUGGAGUUAUAGGCAACAUCAUCUCAGUGCUACUCUUUCUUUCUCCCUUAGGAACAUUUUGUCGAAUUGUUAAGCAUCGAACAACAGAAGAGUUUGAGAGCUUUCCUUACAUUUGCACAUUACUGAGUUCAUCAUUAUGGACUUACUAUGGAGUUACAAAGCCUGGAAGCCUGCUUGUGGCUACUAUCAACAGUUUUGGUGUUGUUGUGGAGAUUAUUUUCAUUUCCUUGUUCCUUGUAUUUGCAACUCCAAGGGUUAGGGCGAAGACUGCAACAUUAGUUGCAGUUUUGAAUGUGGGAUUCCUCGCAGGAGUGAUGUUGAUUACUGGUUUUUUGUUGCACGGAGAUAUAAAGAUCGAAGUCAUAGGAUUCUUGUCUGCAGGCUUGAAUAUAGUCAUGUACGGUUCACCUCUGGCAGCCAUGAAAAGGGUGGUGUCAACGAAAAGCGUGGAGUACAUGCCUUUCCUUCUCUCCUUUUUCGUUUUCUUGAAUGGAGGGAUUUGGACUUUCUAUGCCGUCCUUGUGAAGGAUGUCUUUCUCGCAGUGCCAAAUGGGGCUGGAUUUAUUAUGGGAAUAGCCCAGCUGGUUUUAUAUGCAAUAUACAGGAAUCCUAAGUCAUCAUCCAAGAAAAUGUAUGAGGAUUUGGAGGAUCAUGAGUCCCAGCAUGAACACCUUCUUCCCUCUAUCGGUACUUCUAUGCAGGAAAGUAUUUCAGCACACAGCCAAAGGUCUAAUGGCAAUCGUGAUGAGAAAGAGGAAGAUAUGUAGGUAGCUGGCAGCUACUGAUAAAGAUCAAGAGGACUAAUCUAGGAAUUUCAUUUGAAAACCUUUGCACCAGACACUAUUCAUAUAACAUAAUUUGAUUUAUAAGAUUUAAAUAUUAAAAUUUAUAUUCAAAA